CUAUAAACAUUAGCGGCCUCCGAUACAGUCUCCCAAAUAAACAGUAAACAAAGCAAAAUGAAGUCAGUUUACAUCUUCAUAGCGUUGUUCAUCUUCUUCCUCGCCGUUCUAGGUGAGUCUCCGGAGAAGAUAGGAGCCGAGGAAAAGUUCAAAUGCCUAGAAGAGUACGGCGGAGACGUGGGUCCCGCGUUUUGUAACCCUAAGUUCUCCCCCACAUUAUGUCGCCAAAACUGCAGGACUUUCAAAGGUGCUAAAGGCGGUAAAUGCGUGAAGAAACACAAAGCCAAACCUAUCAAAUGCUUCUGCGACUACUGCAAAGACGAUUAGAUUACAAGUAAUUACCCAACGCUUAUUGCUGUAUAAAUCGCUAAAACACAUGAGCCUAAGCGUUUUGUACUUUCAUAUAAGUUUUAUAGUUGUAUGGGAUUGAUGUAAUAAUGUCCCAAGUCGUCUAAGUAUUACCCCCCCCCUCCCCUAAUAAAUGGUAUACAUAUGCCAAUUUAUGAUCCAAUGAUCCAGAGCUCGUAUUGAAUCCGAAUUUG